AUUUCCAGGGAUGUAACGGAUUAUUGUUUGGAAGAAUUAAAGCAUUUUGUAAAAAUCCUAUCAAAAACUGUAGGAAGAGCAGGGCAAAUCAACAGGGCAGCGCUUCCUAUCUUUGUACUGUAGGAGGCUAUCAAACAGCACACAGUUAAAGAUGAUUUCAGUUUCAAAUGUCACUCUGAAACUACACUAAAAUGGAUCUAGAUAAUUUACAAGAUCUCAGUUCUACAUAUUCAUUGCAAAAAAAUUUUUUUGUAAAAGGAAGGGAAAUAUUUUGGGUCAAGGAAGUUGCAAGAUACUAUCAGGGCAAAGAAAAGGUCAGUAUUUAUCACUUAUAACUUUGUUUGGAUUAGUCCCAGCCCACAUACUCAGCAAUUUUGAAUGGCGUUACAGGAAUCUCUUUCUUGCUUAUGAAAUUUGGCCCCAUUGAAACAGAAAGUAUUUUAAAGCAAAUUCUAUCUUUAUGUGUUAACAUCCAGAAAAUUUAUUUUUUUUAAUCCCUGUUUCCAGGUAUGACUCAGCUCAAAAAACCUGGGCUAUAUAUUCUCAAACUGGUGAUCUUCUAAUACAAUUCUCCAUCUAUGCUCAGAGCUGUAAUGGACUUGUCCAUUAACACUGCCUUCUUCUUGGUCCUUUCCUGCUGCCUCUGGGAUGCAGAUGCUCGAAUAGUCAAUUUUAUUCUCACAGUACCGAAUGGAGGAUCUUGGGGUAACUGGGAAUUUGGUCAAAGUUGUCCCACAGGCUACGCCAAUGCCUUCUCAUUGAAAGUGCAAAAAAGUCAAGGAAAGGGAGAUGACACUGCCCUGAAUGGAAUCCGCCUGUAUUGUACCAAUGGGGACGUCAUUCAAUCUGCUGCUGGACCGUGGGGAGACUGGACAGCGAUUCAGCGCUGUCCAAGUGGGAAUCUAAACUCUUUCUCCCUAAGAGUAGAAAAAAAGCAACUUGCUGGUGAUGAUACAGCAGCGAACAACAUCCGGUUUUCCUGUGAAGAUGGAACUGUACUCACUGGUCAUGGAACCGAUUGGGGUGAAUUUGGCCAAAAGAGUCGUCUGUGUCCCAUUGGCGGCAUAUGUGGACUCCAAACAAUGGUGGAGGAGGACAAAGGAAAGGGUGAUAACACUGCACUUAAUGAUGUGAAGUUCUACUGCUGUGACUAAACUAAAAAUGGGUUACCUCUUUGAACCAAUCAUUUUCCAAAAAGUAUGGCAACUAGCUUAGUUUUUUCAAGAGCUUGCCAAGAACCUUCUUAUUGACUUAUUGCUAUCUGGUUCUCAAAACAGCAAUAUGAAGCAUUCUGCAGUCAUGAUGUGUAGAACUAAUAAUCAGGACAUAGUUAUUAACAAGGAUGUCUUCUACAUAAAUUACUGUUUAUUGGAACAAAAUCUAAAAGAUGUUUUAAUCAGUCUGGAUGUGCCCUUUGUUAACCUAAUCAUGGAUUGUCUGUAAAUUUCACAGGUUCUCCAUUUUCUUCAAACAAUAUGUUACAAAAUGAUCAAACUACUGUCUAUGAAAAUCCAUAUUUGGUUCCUUAUUUCCUUUUUGAUCAUAUGUCAACAGAAAUGAGUUUAUUUUAAUCCUAUCAAAAUUCAUGAUGUGUUUGAAUAAAAUUCAAUUAACCACAAUCUCACAUUUGGGUAGAUUUAUACUGCACAUUUGUUCCCUGAUCUCUCCAUUCAUCAGAAUUGUAAAAACUAUUUUUAACAAGAUAGGCAAGCUCUGUUUGUUUCGGUAAGAAUAAAUUCUGAGCUGCAAUCAAAGUUAUGCUCAGAGUAACUAUCCAACUUGAUUUCCCAGGACUUACUAUGGUGAUUCCAGAAGCCACAACCAUUUUAACUUUUCCAACAGGAAACUAUAUCGUUUUUCCUGUAGGGGAAAAAAAAAACACUUUCAAAGCUUUAAAAUAAAAUAAAAACCUAGAGUAAAUGCAA